AUGGACGGAAAAGAUGUGAAGCUUUUGGGCAACAAAACGAGCCAAUACGUGUGGAGGAUUGUGUGGGCACUGAAGUUGAAAGGCAUUGAGUUCGAGUUCAUUGAAGAAGAUUUGUUCAAUAAGAGUCCGUUGCUUCUGGAGAUGAAUCCUGUUCACAAGCUGAUUCCUGUGCUCAUUCAUGGUGGAAAACCAAUCUGCGAAUCCCUUAUCAUUCUCGAAUACAUCGACGACACGUGGAAACAUAAUCCAAUCUUACCGAAAGAUCCUCUUCAAAGAGCCUAUGCACGUUUCUGGGCUAAAUUGGCCGACGAAAAGUUAUUAGAAGGAUCAGGCAUAGCAUUCUUUAACCGUGGAAAAGAACAAGCAAGGGGAGUUGAAAUGAUGGCCGAGGUACUACCACUCCUUGAACGCGAGAUAGCUAAAAAGAAGUUCUUUGGAGGAGAGACGAUAGGGUAUGUUGAUAUUGUUAUUGGUUGGUUUUCAUAUUGGUUGCAAUAUUCGCAAGAAUUUGGUGAUUUUAAGGUAAUGGACUCAGCAAAAUAUCCUUCAAUUGCUUCCUGGAUGAACAACAUUUUGGAAGUUUCUGUCAUUAAGGAGAACCUUCCCCCACCUGAUGUGAUCCUCAAAGCCUCUCAAAAGUUCAGAACAAUGGUUCUUGCUAUGACUAGUUCUAAAACAUUGUAA